CUCACUUGCAUUUUAGCCUUCGCGCGCUAAAUUAUUAAAAAAUGGAAAAGAAAAUCGUAAAAAAAUCUACACCCCAGCAGCUACAAGAGCUGGUCAAAGCCAUGAUGGAGGAUUCGGAUUUGGCCAAGGGUAUUCCAGUAUUUGGAGGGUCCAAAUAUACAGUGGAUGAGAAGUGGAAAACCAUUACCACAAAAUUAAACAUGCAUGGCCCUCCUAUGCGUACCACAGCCGAGUGGAGAAAGACUUGGGCGGACUUAAAAUCGCGCACCAAAAAGAAACUGAUGGAUAAUAAAAAGAGCUUGGAAGCUACAGGUGGUGGCGAAUAUGCUUUCUGUGCCCUAACAGAAUUGGAGGAGAUGGUAGACCGUGCUAUAUCAGCCACUAGAUCUGCGGUUCCGACCGGUGCUAAGUACGGCUUUUGUUCUCAACAACCCAUAAUGGUUGAAGAAGACAUUGUAGAGUGCUUCACACCUUAUGUAGCGUCACCGCCGCGUAGCAACAAAGAUGUGGCUGUAAAUACGCCAAAAAGAAACGGGGUACCUGAUUGUAGUAAAAAAAAUUAUCAGGUUGUGCCCACAAACUACAGUUUACACACAAGCGGAAUGGCUACCACUAUUACAGAUACCACCGCCCCAUCUAGCACCCCCGCAGCUACCACCGUCCCAUAUAGCACCGCACGACCUAGUACCGCCCCAUUCACUAACAAAGAAGCACUGUACCAUGUGGUAGGUAUACAACAUCAUCAACAAUAUGAGGCAGAUGGCUUGGAGGAGGACACCUAA